AUGGCCAUGCGAGCUCUUCAGGCGUCCACAUCCUACAGUGUUGGCUUUGGCAUGUCCUUCGCCUCCCCUCCCCGGCGUUCCAGUCACCGCCGUAUCACCCUUGCCCAAAUGGAACCAACAGACAAGUCUGUUGAGAUUAUGAGGAAGUUCUCGGAGCAAUAUGCUCGUAAGUCGGGAACGUAUUUCUGUGUGGACAAAGGAGUCACUUCCGUUGUUAUCAAGGGAUUAGCAGACCACAAAGAUACAUUGGGUGCUCCACUUUGCCCUUGCAGGCAUUAUGAUGACAAAGCUGCUGAAGCACAACAGGGCUUUUGGAACUGUCCAUGUGUUCCCAUGAGAGAGAGGAAGGAGUGCCACUGCAUGCUUUUUCUCACACCUGAUAAUGAUUUUGCCGGCAAAGAACAGGCCAUUUCUUUGGAAGAAAUCAAGGAAACAACUGCAAAUAUGUAA